AUGAUGAAAGGAUUUAAAAAUAGACUUACUAGAAAUAAAAGUCAAAAUUCUGGUAAGAAAAGUGAUAAAAAGAAUGAAUCCAAUUCAAAUUCAACAAAAGAUUUAAAAGAAAAAGAAUUAAGUAAAAAAUCUUCCUUGACUUCUUUAACUGGUGGUAGUUCUAAAAAUUCAAGUUCUAGUUCUUCAACAAAGUCAUCAAGCCCAAAUAUUUCUCGAAAUAAUAGUGGUACUUCGAUUAAAUCAAUUGAAUCAAAUAAUUCAAAUACCACCGUACAACAGGAUCAACAAUUAGAUAUUUCAAAUUCUCCUCAAAAUUCUUCUCCUAAAAUUAUUAUAAAUAAUUCAUUAGAAAAUAAGUCAAAUACCCCUUCAAAAUCUCCAAAACAUAUUCCUCCAGCAAUUAAUAUUAAUCAUGAUACUCCAAUAUCCCCUACUCCAACUACUCCAAUAACACAACAAUCUCAAUCUCAAGAAGUUACUUCUCCAAAUCAAUACGAUGUUGGAAUACCUUCAUCAAAUUCAAAAUUACAUUCCAAUUCUCCAAUUCAUAGCUAUCAAUUAAACCCAAAUAUCCCCUCACCAAAUCGAGAAAACUUUGAUAUUGAUUUAAUUGUAACUCCCAAAAGACAUUCAUCUUCUCGUUUUGAACCUUCCAAUUCUGAUACUUAUCAAGAAAUUAUUAAAUUACCAAAUUUUGAUGAAGUUUUACCAGAAGAACAAAUUUCAUUAUUUAUUCAAAAAGUUGAUCAAUGUAAUAUAAUGUUUGAUUUUAGUGAUCCAACUUAUGAUAUUAGAGGUAAAGAAAUUAAAAGAAUUACUUUAUCAGAAUUAAUUCAAUUCAUUUCAAAUACUAGAUUAACCUAUACUGAUGAAAUGUAUAAACAUGUCAUAAAUAUGUAUAAAAAAAAUUUAUUUAGACCAAUUCCUCCUCCAGUUAAUCCAAUUGGUGAAUUAUAUGAUCCUGAUGAAGAUGAACCGGUUAGUGAAUUAGCUUGGCCUCAUAUGCAUGCAAUUUAUGAUUUUUUUUUAAGAUUUAUUGAAAGUCCUGAUUUUUCUCAUCAAAUGGCAAAACAAUAUAUUGAUCAUAAUUUCAUUUUAAGAAUUUUAGAAUUAUUUGAUAGUGAAGAUCCAAGAGAAAGAGAUUGUUUAAAAACAACUUUACAUCGUAUUUAUGGGAAAUUUUUAAGUUUAAGAUCAUUUAUUAGAAAAUCAAUUAAUAAUGUUUUUUUACAAUUUACUUAUGAAACCGAAAGAUUUAAUGGAAUUGGUGAAUUAUUAGAAAUUUUGGGUUCAAUUAUUAAUGGUUUUGCAUUACCUUUAAAAGAAGAACAUAAAAUUUUUUUGGUACGUGUUUUAUUACCAUUACAUAAAGUUAAAAGUUUAUCAAUGUAUCAUCCACAAUUAGCUUAUUGUAUAGUCCAAUUUUUAGAAAAAGAUCCAUCCUUAACUGAAGAUGUCAUAAUGGGAUUAUUAAGAUACUGGCCUAAAAUUAAUUCACCAAAAGAAGUGAUGUUUUUAAAUGAAAUUGAAGAUAUUUUUGAAGUUAUGGAACCAAAUGAAUUUUUAAAAAUUCAAAUACCUUUAUUUGCUCAAUUAUCAAAAUGUAUUUCUUCACCUCAUUUUCAAGUUAGUGAAAAAGUUUUAUGUUUUUGGUCAAAUGAAUAUUUUUUAACUUUAAUUACUGAAAAUGCUGAAGUUGUUUUACCAAUUAUUUUUGCAUCUUUAUAUGAAUUAACUAAUUCAACUCAACCAGGUAUUGCUGACGGUUUAUUAAAACAAAAAUUAUUAGCUAAUCCAAAUUCAACCGUUGAUGCAAAUGGUAAUUUAGUUGAUAAUCAAUUAAUUUUGAAUGAUUUAAAUAAUUCAAGUAAUUCAAAUCAUAAUGAUCCAGUGAAUUCCUUCCAUCAUUCAAUUCAUGAUAUGACGGAUGAAGAAUAUUAUGAUUCUUUUAGUUCUUUACAACAAGGUGGUCAUGGUGAAAAUGAUGAUUUUAUCGGUCAUCCAAUGCCUCCUGAUCAUUCAGCAACUUCAAAUUGGAAUAGAAGUAUUCAUCUGUUAGCCUUGGGUGCAUUAAAAGUAUUCAUGGAACAUAAUACCAUUUUAUAUGAUCAUUGUACAAUGUUAUAUCAUCAAUCAGUUGAAGAACAAAAACAAAGAGAAGCUGCUAGAAAAGAAGGUUGGAAAAAUAUUGAAAAAUACGUUCAACAAAUUAAAGCUAAACAAGGU